AUGAAUAUGAGAAUAGCUAGGAGUUGUACUGGAUCACCUUUCGCUGCUACGGAAGCAGCAUUCCGUGUUUCCCUCGAUGUCAAGGCUAACAAGGACGACGAAGAGUAUACUAAGAACCUUCAACAACUGGCAGAACGUGCUUUCAGUGGCUGCCCUCAGAACAAGGUCGCCAACUGGGUAACGGUCGAGUUCAGACACGGAGUACGACCUCUCACUGUGGUUGAGAAGCCCCGUGACAUAAGGACUACCUUGCUCAGACAACUGGUCAACCUCGAAAUCAAGAAGCGACAGGAACUCCAGGCGACCCUGAUCUACCAGAAGCCUCAAAAGUGGCAAAAGUCAACACCCUCACCUCGUGUCUCCCUGCGCUAUGCCCUAGACCAGGGAAGCCUUCCUUUACUCGUUCCUCGUCGCAUAAUCUAUCUUGACGACAGUCUCGUUUUUGGUGGAGAUAUUCGAGAGCAUAACGCCAACCUAGAACUAGCGUUGGAUCGCCUACGAGACGCAGGGUUAACCUUAAAUCCGAAGAAGUGCCAUUUCCUGCAACGCUCGGUCACCCUUGUGGAACAUGCAGUCUCGUCGGAUGGGAUAGCAGUCACCGAAGACCGUGUACAACAGCAGGCGAAGAAGAAUUUCAAGUGGGAGAAAGAGCAUAAUGAAGCGUUUAAAGAACAGAAGCGAAUGCUCUGCUCCACUCCGAUCCUAGCAUUGCCAAACUUCGAAUCGAGCGCUCCACCGUUUAAACUGGAUACGGCGGAUACGAGCGACGCGGCUGUGGGCGGUGUACUCUCACAAAGGGGCAAAAAGGGAAGGGAACAUGGCAUCGCCUACGAGAGUACCAGACUCGCGGUUUCAAAAGACCUCAACCCACAGCCACCGCACCUUUACAACCUAUGCCCACCGACUCCCCAGGGGAAAAAGAAGAUCACUAAACUAUGUAAGACCUGCCAGAUCACAAAGACAUGCGUGACACCUGAACAUCUGGAAGGCAACAGCCAGGUGGAAGGAACGAAUCGACUACUACGACUACUAAAGGUCUUCCCUACAGAUGCACAACUAGAUGACUGGGAUUUAAGCCUGGGACGUGUCAUUCUCACAUACAAGGCUACGGUCCACAAGGCAACGGGCGUUCCUCCGUUCAAGAUGCUCACAGCUCGUGAAAUGAGAGUACCUUCCGGCAUCUUCCUGCCAAACACCGACGAAGCAGCCAGCAAUGUUCCAGAAAGAAAUAUUACGAAAAACAGCCGGCCGAAGGUCUACCGAGAAGACUUAGAGCAAAUUUACAGGCUGGUUCCCCCACCUGGAAUACACCACAACUUCCAUUACCCAUGGAGCAAGGACCCAUUUCAAGUAGUAGAGACGCUCUCACCCACAAACUACUACGUUCACAACGCACAACUGCGUACCUACAAAGGACCACCACCGGUUGGACAUGAAGAUGAGAAUUACACCCUUACGGAGGACCGAAAACUACCGAAUGGCAACUUCGAGAGGAGCUCAUAA